AUGCUGAAACUAGACGUUAGUUCGGGAAGAGGAAGGAGCAAUAGCGGGGUAUCUCUAUCACACUUACAAUAUGCCGAGUUUUUAAAUACCUCUUCCUUUCUAAUACCAGAUACGAUUGCGUUCACGAAGAUCCUGCCGUUUUUCAAGGCUGUACCGGGAUACUCCACCCGUUAUAAAAUUGACCGUGUUCAGCUGAUUGGGUAUGAGGCGUAUUUUGUGGAGCAGUGGAUAAGCUCGAGGUCAACGAGUACUCUAAUUGUCACUUACACUGGUGAUAAAAAUGAUCAUGUUAUUGCUUACCACGUUCAGUCGUUGGACACACCAAAUGGAGAUGAGGAUUUAACUAAAUCUAACCGUUGGCCUCCACAAUUUAUUUCUUACUUGGUGGAACAGUUGGAGUGUCCCUUCAGCGUCGCAACCCAAACAAGCUUAGGAUAUGCAUUUAUCACCAAUUUGGCACAGUUGAGUCCUUUUCUAUCUCUAGUUGAUGUGAAAACGGGCAACAUUGACGAGGAUUAUAUUAUAUAUAAGGUGAAUUUAAAUUUGAGGAAACUGGGAUGUGGCUCGAGGUCAGCAGCUAAUGCGGACGAGCCAUCUAAAACAAUGGAAGACAAGUUCAAAUCAACAUUCAAGAUUGAUCCCAAAAUCCCUAUAAAAUAUGCUGUCAUCAACUUGAUUUACAUUGUUCAGAUAUUCCUGUACUACUACGAUGUUAUAGAUCCUGUUUAUUGUGAUGGUCUACUCUGCGAGAAGACUGAAAAUGCAAUUGGUGAGUGGUGGGAUAUAGUUUCUCGUAUACCCCUGUCGCACUCGAUCAUCAGAGUGAUGCCGCCAUCCGCCAGUAUGGUUCAAUCGAUUCAAGCUAUUGUCGGAUUUACUGUACUGUGUAGAUACCUAUUGGAGCUUAGUGGAUCCAAUUUCAAUACUCCCAAGGAUCCCCUUGACGUGAAAGGUAUGAAACAUUCCAUUGAAAAGUUUCAAAAGCAUCAUAAGGCAGAAAUAACAAGCACAUUUACCUUAGAAACACUGAUUAAGUUGUUCGAAUGUGGAGAGAAUAGUAAAGCAUCGCAAAAUUUAGCUAAAGACUUGAGUAAGAUGAAAAAACUAGUUAAAAAUACAGUUAUUGAUUUGACAUCUGGUAAAAAUUUGCAUUCAAUUGCUCAAAAUGCAACUGCUUCUCCAUUUUGCAUACACAACCAAGCUAACUACGAACAUGGGAAAAUGAUCAACGUACAAAAUAUAGAUCAUGUUAGGUAUAUGUCUUUAGGUAAACAGUUGUCAUAUUUACAUUCUGGUUCUGGUAAACCAAUUAAUAUGCAGACACAAGCGUUAUCUGUCUUGACCAUCAAAAAGCUAGCGGAAUCAUUGGAACGUGGAUCCUCAUUUUUCUCAGGUGUGAAACAGUUGAAAAAUGAGCUCAAGAGAGGAUCAAGUCCGUCGAAAAAGCCAUCGCAAGUUUUCCACGAUUUUAAUUUUUCAGGGGGAAGUGAUGACGAAUUGAACAGAUCUGAUGAUGAAGAAAAUGCAGAGUUACCAAACAAUAUAAAAACAGAUGUUAAAAAUGAUUAUUUACGUGAGAACACAAUAAAUUUGAAUUUAAAGCAAAAAUAUCACAAAAAAUCCUCCUCUUCGUUGCUUGAUAUAUCCCACAUGUCUAGAAAAGGCUCUUUAACUGCAUUAGGAGAUGAUGAUUUAUACGAUGAUAUAGAAAUCUAUAAUCCAACCAUUGGUGGUAACAAAUCUAGAAACAAUAGACUGUCAUCAAUCACAAGUAUUGCAACUACCUCGGAUCAGAGUAAUCUCGUAGAUUGUGAUGAGAGUGAUGGAAGUGAAUUGCAGCAAAAGAAAAGUAAUUCUAAGAAAGAUAAAGGAUCUUCUUUCUCUUCACAUUUCAGAAGAUCAAAGAAACACAAUGAACAGGAGGAGGUUCCAGAUGAUAUUGGACCUUUAGAUGUAAACUUAUCAGGUCGAAGCUUACAAUCGGCUAAGAAUGCAAGAGAUAAAAUGCCAUUAAAGAGUGUUUUUGCAUCUCCACAUGCUAUAUCCACUGGUGACUUUAGCAGUCAUUUUGGGGGUGACCAGAGAAAUUCAUUCUCAUCAUCUUCCCAUAAAAAGAAAGACUCAGUUUCAUCAGCCAAGAAAGAUAGUCUGAGGAAUAUGAGUAAUGAGAGUGAUGGCGUUUAUGAAUAUGAAAAUGGAUUUGAAUACGAUUAUGAAAUGGAAAACAACAGCAAUAGUAAUAAUGGUAAUAAUAGCAGUGCACAUUACAGGAAAGCUUCCAAUGCAAAACGAUCAGAUGUUUCGCAAAUACAAGAGGAAGCUACACUGUACACCGCAUGUGAAGAUGUUAAUUAUUCCAUCUUUAUGAAACGUAUCAAGAGAAGGCAUAGUAUCCCCUUAGUUGAACCUGAGCUGAAUCAAUAUUCAAUUGAAAUGGAUGUUAAAAUGGAUAAAGUGAAAUCGUUGGAUAUGAGAAGGAGACAUAGCCGUGGUUCACAAUGGAUAUGGGAUGGAUCAAGUUUAAAUAGCUAUAAUAAUGACGAUAACGAAUAUUUAGGAUUUGAAUUGAAACGAAAAAGAAGUAUGUUUGAAUCACAGAGCAUCAAUACAAGUAGUAGUCAAGACCUCUUGAACACACACAUCAAUUCGGCUAUACUCUACAGUAAAGAAACUGGUAUAGACAAGUUAAAAAGAUCCGCAUCGUUUUCGCAAAUACAAGAUUCUCUUUACUAUUUUUCUCUAGGUACCGAUGGUAAUGGUGUGGAAGCAAUUUAUCAAAAAAUAAUAACUCCUGAAAUCCUUGCAAUAAAGUAUCUUAAAAUGAAGAUAAAGUAUGAAUACGAGAUUGUGAAAAACUCGUUUCAUUUAAUUGAAGACAUGAAACGGUAUUCGCACUACUUCACUGAAGACUUUAGUCAAGAGAAAAACUUGAAAUAUCAAUCAACAAGAGGUGAAGUCAAUAAAGCCAUUGGUAAAUACCUGGAAAUGGAAGAAAAGCUCAAAAACACAAUAAAGAGUAAUGCGAGGUUGAAAUAUGAGUUAAGAUUGCUAUUACAAAAAACUAAGGAAGUUGAAAAUAAUGUCAAAUCCUUACAAGAUUUUAAGAUCAAUACCCUGCAGUCGAAGAUUGAUAAACUACUUGGAUGCUACAAAGUUGUGGAUUCUGACGAUGACGGUGAAACUAAAAUAGUGAGAGAAAGCUCGCCUAUAUUUGAAAUGAUAUGCGCAAACGAUGGUAAGAUUGAUUGGACUUCAGUAACCUGGAAAAACAUAUGGGGAAAUCCAUACAUCAUAUUGUACCUAUUUUUUCAUUUUUGGAUAUUCACUGUGUUGAAGCAAUCCAACAUAAAGUUUCUUGAGCAACAGUGGAGCAAAAUUGAUAGAAACCAAACAGUAACCAGGUUUAUUAGAAACAUUUAUACGACGACAGAACAAGAACUGAAAGAGGCAACUGCAGAUGAGCCCGUUAAAACCGAUGUUAGUGAUACCUCAAAAAAAAAUAAGUAG